AUGAAGAGGAGCCACGACUACAGCUCAUCGGACAGCGAACUGGAUGAGAACAUCGAGGUGGAGAAGGAGAGCGCGGAUGAGAAUGGAAACCUGAGUUCCGCCCCAGGUUCGAUGUCUCCAUCCACCACCUCCCAGAUCCUGGCUAGAAAAAGGCGUAGAGGGAUCAUAGAGAAGCGUCGCCGGGACAGGAUUAAUAAUAGCCUGUCUGAGCUCAGAAGACUGGUGCCCAGUGCGUUUGAAAAACAGGGUUCUGCGAAAUUGGAGAAAGCUGAGAUUUUGCAGAUGACGGUGGAUCAUCUUAAGAUGCUGCACACUGCUGGGGGCAAAGGAUAUUUUGAUGCCCACGCUCUUGCCAUGGACUAUCGAAGCUUGGGUUUCAGAGAGUGCCUUGCUGAAGUUGCCCGAUAUUUAAGUAUAAUUGAAGGUAUGGACACUGCCGACCCUCUCCGAGUGCGACUGGUAUCUCAUCUUAACAACUAUGCCACUCAAAGAGAAGCUGCCAACAGUGCCCACUCCAGCCUCGGACACAUUCCCUGGGGGGGAGCCUUCACUCAUCAUCCUCACCUCUCUCACCCUUUGCUCCUGGCACAGACUCCUCAUACAAACAGCAGCAGCACAACGUCUUCCACAGAGUCCCACCACCAAAGCAGACUUCCUGGGUCACCGCAUGCAGAAUCGCCAGCUUUGCGCGUCUCCUCCAAUGGAAGCCUUACAUCAGUGCUGCCAGUCGUCACUCCUUCAAAACUCUCUCCUCCACUGUUGUCCUCUGUGGCAUCCCUCUCUGCAUUCCCCUUUUCCUUUGGAUCUUUUCACUUACUCUCCCCCAAUGCACUGAGUCCAACAGCACCAGCGCCCGCAGGCAAACCCUACAGACCUUGGGGGACUGAGAUUGGAGCCUUUUAA